UCCACUGAGCCAAACCGACUAGGGCUUUAAUUCUUAUUUUCUGAAGCAAGGUAACAAUGAAACCAAAACCCACCCCAAAUUGGGACUCUCCCCCGCAAAGUAAACACUAGGCCAGUAUCUUCCAAGAAUAUUUAGGAAAGAGAAAGCUAAAUAAGAUAUUAGAGACAGAAUCCAGAGCGCAUCAGAAGAACUAUGUACUUUGUCCACGUGUAGGAUUUUUUCAGUCGCAAGGAGGGUCAGUCUUAGGAAUGACAGACUAUGAUUAAAACACAUCAUCCCCUCAGCACAUCUAAGCAGGAAACUCCUGUUUCCAUUUCCACAGAUUCCUAAAAGACAUUUGACAAAAUUCACCAUUUAAAAAAUUUUAAUGAGACAUUAAAAUUUUAAGGAGAAUUCCCUAACUUGAUAAACUAGAUUAAUCUCAGCUCAAAAGGAAACAGCAUGCCCAGUGUGGAAAGAGUUCCGAAUCUUAAAUAUUAAAUUGAGUUAGGUUCCAGCAGUAACCAGUAAAGUUAGAUGGAAAAAGAGAAAGGAAAUUAGAGAAACAAUUAGUGGGGCCCCAUGUUAAUGUAUGGAAGUCAAUUCCUCUGACGCAUACAAAUCACAAUGAGAAGAUACCAGGGAAGAAAGUGCUCUACUUGUCCUAGAAACUAGAAAAACUGAAACACCUGGGAGUGAACUUCACGUCAAAUGUCAACAAGAACUUGUAAAACAUUCCUAAGGGACACAGUAAACUUGAAUUAAUAAAACUGGUGCCACCUUACGAUUAGGAAGACAUCAUGAAGACAUGGUGAAUGCCAAUUCCCCGCAAGUUGCUAUUCUCCAUGAACUGUUUGUUCUCCAUCAAUUUCACGUGGCCCCCACCCAUGCACCGAUGGCUGUGUCGUGGGAGGCCGUCCUGUGGUAGGAUGUUGAGCGGCAUCUCUGACCUCCACCCACUGGCUGCCAGGAGUGCCCCCGAGAAGUGAUAACGGAACACAUCUCCAGUCCUUCUUCAACGUCCUGGCUGAGCACCACGGAGAGACGCUAAUCUCCAGCACCCACCAACUAGUGAGGUCCGCUGCGUGGUGGAGCGUGAGAAGAGACGGGCGUCUCCAAUGGCCACGAAAACGGGUUUUACCGGGUCAACAUGUUGACCUACCGGUGAAAGCACACGGUGGCUGACUCCCUGAUGCCUCUAGCUUUCCGCAGGAGGCGGGUGUGUCAGAGGGCAUCGGCCUCAAGCCAGAACGACACCCACUGGGUCACAGCGCAGAUAGGAGGUGGGGACUUCUGCAGACAUUGGGAAAAAAUACGGGGUAAGGACUCCAACCCCAAUGGCGCUAGACCAUGUAGUCUGAUGCCAUCACCACCGUAAGAGAUAGGUUAGGGAGCUACGGAGAGUCGUUCUAUUAGGAAAAAUGUCUUCAGAAAAAAAAGAUACCACAGGAUACCUGGGGGUCAUCCCUUAACUAAGGAAUUGGCAAAAAUAAUCAUCAUCAUCAUCAUCAUCAUCAUCCGUGAGUGGAGACUGUUAGGGAUCCCGUUCCCAGUACCACCAGCUGCCCACUGCCUGCCUCCCAAGACCACGGCCUGUCUCUGACCUCAGGACCUCUGGUCCCCCCAUGAAGGCUUCUUCAGCGUCCGCACCAUCCAGCUGUCUGCUUCUCAGGUCUGGGGGGGAUCUGUUGCCCACUCGUGGGUGUGAUUGACUGGGGGCUUUUCCUUUCUGUCCAUCUCCCCUCCCGGCGUUGGGGCCGGCCCAACAGUUGCCUUCUGAGGGGGAAGUUCUCAAGAAGGGAUUGAGUCCCACCGCCUCGCACCCGCCUCUGCACCCGAGCACUGUCACCAGCGCUCCAGGCCUGCGGGUGCUUUGCUUUUGAACUUGGAUGUUUCCAACGAUGGUGUUAGACGUGCCUCACUCUCCCCCACCCUCACCAGUGGAAACGAAUGGAGAGACACGGCCUUGGUGAGCACAGUGGCCUUCAGAGAGAACAGAUGUGCCCGUGAAUGGAAGCGGACGGGAAAUUAUGUGCGUCCCCAGGAGAAAGACUCACGCGCCCCUUUCCCACUGAAAGGAGGCCCCUCGUUUUCCCUAUAAGAGCUCGCGAGUGUAUGUGUCCGUUUUCACGACAUGGAAGAACGCGCCCUUCGGCCAAGUUUCUACACUUUCCAGAACCUGGAGGAAAUGGUGAUAUUUCCUCCCACUGAGUGUCGAGUGCAGACGUGAAGGCCUCCUAAGCCCUGUGCCCAGCGCCAGGGCCAGCCGUGGGAGCUGGGGUUCCCCGCCUCAGAGCGCAGGGGCGGGUCCGAGUUCCCCGUGCGCGCAGGUCACCGGCACGUGCAGGACCCGCGCACGGGGGCUCCCCAGACGCCAGCGCCCCACGCGCUGUCCUUGCGCCCCGAGGUGCCAACGGUCAGCCUAGCCCUACCCGCCUGGAAUCUCCAAACAGCCGGACUGCCCGGGAGCCAGUGGCCCCUGGACCGCGACCCCGUCGCCCCAUCAUGGGCAGCUACCUGAGCAGGUACCUCCGCACGGCCCGCGCCUCGCUGCGGCCCUCCGCCCGGGGGCGCCCGCUCCCCCCUCCCGGACCCGUGCUUCGCCUGCGGGGCCCGGAGCGGGGUGGGGAGCAGGGCCACGUCCCUUGUGCGCACCCCAGGCUCUGCGCCCCCACCCACCCCCCGCCCCCCACGCCGCCUGGCUGGCACCGAGCCAGGGCCUGCAGGGGCCGGAUGCCCGAAGCCAGGAGGCGCUUCCCCGGCCCCCCGCCCGGGCCGGGCCCCGCGGGGCGGGCUGUUCCCAUGGCUCCGAAGGGCACGGUGACGCUGCGGAUCCCCGGUGCCCGGCACUCACGGCGCCCGCAGAGCCCGGUGACCGUCAGGAUCGCCCCCCCGGAGCGCAGGGGGAGUCUCUACACAUGCCCCCCGAGCCGAGAGCGCUCAGACCCCUGUGCCCGGGACACGGUGCUGCAGGCGCUGAACCAGUGCAGCAAAGGACGAGCCAAGUUCGACGGCCCGCUCUGGUUUGAGACCCCAGAAGCCAAGAGGAGGAGGCACAGCCCCCAGCGCGGCCGCUCCGCCUUCGCGCCCAUCGGGAGACUCGGCGCGGCCCUUCCCCUCGUGCCCAGGCCGGGGCCUCUGCGCCCCCUGCAGCCAUGCGGACGGGAGGCCCCCGCCGCCCGCCCUGAGCCGCCCCUGCGCGCGCCCCACCCCGAUGCGAGGGCACCCCCAGCCCCGGCCACACCGUCCCGGCCUCCGGCCCCCGAGAACCUGAAGCCCGAGGUCGCCACUGUGUCCGGUUAGUGGUUAGUCAAGGCCUCACACCACGGGGAGCCCAGCGCUUCCCCGCAUGAAUCAGGGGCACCCCAGAUCCCCUCCCACCCCCCCACACCCGGCUGGCAGAGCUGCCCAGCCCCAGA